AAUCAGCGCACGAUUACGACGAUGGUCGAUCCUCGAGACCCGUCGUCGUCGCCACAACGACGGCCAAACGACUCUCAAACGACUGCGACGACGGUACCGGCGACGGCACCGGUGGUUGCGCUGGACCGUAGCACCCGUGCUACGAUUGGUGGCUUCUCGAAACUUGAAGGCGCCGUCUCUGGCCACUCACUACUCGACCGCUUCAAGCACUUGAUGGUGGCGGUCGACGGUCCGAGGCGCGCCAGACGAAUGGUGCGGGAUGCUAUACGUCUGAUUUGUUUGUGCACGGGCGCUGGGUUUGAUCCGCGUGCCGGCUGGAACCGAGCAAAGGCAUUGCGACCUGGCGCUUGGGACGAAGGGGAUGGGUAGGUGACUGGCCUCAAUCUUGGCGACGAAGUUGGCGACCGUGCUAGGUCUGCAACGUGGGCUGCGUUGCGACGGUACAGUGCAGACGUCAUCUGCGGUGACAGAAAACGCGCGUAAAAAAUGGACAAGCUUCGGUGCUGGCAUGCGUGAACCGUGCACAGCUUCAUCUCUACAAGGUUUUAUCUCGAUCUCUCGCGGCCACUCGUACAACGCGUCAAACAGUACUUCGUGAUAUCGCUGGACCG